GAGUGUGGAAAAAGUUUUGCACAAAAGAGUUACCUGAAAACUCAUGAAAGGAUUCACACAGGGGAAAAGCCUUUCACAUGUUCAGAGUGUGGAAAAAGUUUUACACAUAAGAGUCAUCUGAAAACUCAUGAAAGGAGUCACACAGGGGAAAAGCCUUUCAUGUGUACAGAGUGUGGGAAAUGUUUUACACAAUUAGGUAGUCUGAAAACUCAUGAAAUGAUUCACACAGGAGAAAAGCCUUUCAUAUGUACAGAGUGUGGAAAAAGUUUUACACAUAUAAAUAGUCUGAAAUAUCAUGAAAGGAUUCACACAGGAGAAAAGCCUUUCACUUGUACAGAGUGUGGAAAAAGAUUUACACGAAUGCAUCAUCUGAAAACUCAUGAAAUUAUUCACACAGGAGAAAAGCCUUUCACAUGUACAGAGUGUGGAAAAUGUUUUACACAAUUAGGUAGUCUGAAAACUCAUGAAAUGAUUCACACAGGAGAAAAGCCUUUCACAUGUACAGAGUGUGGAAAAAGUUUUACACAAAUAAAAAGUCUGAAAUAUCAUGAAAGGAUUCACACAGGGGAAAAGCCUUUCACAUGUACAGAGUGUGGAAAAUGUUUUGCACAAAUGAGUAGUCUGAAAACUCAUGAAAGAAGUCACAAAUGCAUACUUACAUACAAUCCAACAGAGUUAUAUAAGAAGAAAUUAGCAAACAUAGUGAAAAUAGCUAAAAAUAACAAUGUAGUUAAAAUCACAGACCUUGAGGAUCUAAUACCUAAAUUUCCUGUUACACCUGUUUUCCACAUGUUUCCUAAAAUUCACAAAAAUUAUGAAAAAAACCCUGGGCGCCCCAUCAUUGCGGGAAUAGGUUCCCUGAAUGAACCCCUUUCUGAACUUGUGGACAUUUUCUUGCAGCCAUUACACAAAAUUCACACUGGUGAGAAACCACACACAUGUACUGAGUGCGACAAAUGUUUUACACGAAUGGGUAAUCUGAAAAAACAUAAAAAGAUUCACACAGGAGAAAAACCUUUAACAUGCACAGAGUGUGGAAAAAGUUUUACACAUAAGAGUCAUCUGAAAACUCAUGAAAGGAGUCACACAGGGGAAAAGCCUUUCAUGUGUACAGAGUGUGGGAAAUGUUUUACACAAUUAGGUAGUCUGAAAACUCAUGAAAUGAUUCACACAGGAGAAAAGCCUUUCAUAUGUACAGAGUGUGGAAAAAGUUUUACACAUAUAAAUAGUCUGAAAUAUCAUGAAAGGAUUCACACAGGAGAAAAGCCUUUCACUUGUACAGAGUGUGGAAAAAGAUUUACACGAAUGCAUCAUCUGAAAACUCAUGAAAUUAUUCACACAGGAGAAAAGCCUUUCACAUGUACAGAGUGUGGAAAAUGUUUUACACAAUUAGGUAGUCUGAAAACUCAUGAAAUGAUUCACACAGGAGAAAAGCCUUUCACAUGUACAGAGUGUGGAAAAAGUUUUACACAAAUAAAAAGUCUGAAAUAUCAUGAAAGGAUUCACACAGGGGAAAAGCCUUUCACAUGUACAGAGUGUGGAAAAUGUUUUACACAAAUAGGUAGUCUGAAAACUCAUAAAAUGAUUCACACAGGAGAAAAGCCUUUCACAUGUACAGAGUGUGGAAAAAGUUUUACAAAAAUAAAAAGUCUGAAAUAUCAUGAAAGGAUUCACACAGGAGAAAAGUAUUUCACAUGUACAGAGUGUGGAAAAAGUUUUACACAAAUAAAAAGUCUGAAAUAUCAUGAAAGGAUUCACACAGGGGAAAAGCCUUUCACAUGUACAGAGUGUGGAAAAUGUUUUACACAAAUAGGUAGUCUGAAAACUCAUGAAAUGAUUCACACAGGAGAAAAGCCUUUCACAUGUACAGAGUGUGGAAAAAGUUUUACAAAAAUAAAAAGUCUGAAAUAUCAUGAAAGGAUUCACACAGGAGAAAAGUAUUUCACAUGUACAGAGUGUGGAAAAAGUUUUGCACAAAUGAGUAGUCUGAAAACUCAUGAAAGAAGUCACACAGGAGAAAAGCCUUUCAUAUGUACAGAGUGUGGAAAAAGUUUUACACAUAUAAAUAGUCUGAAAUAUCAUGAAAGGAGUCACACAGGAGAAAAGUCUUUCACAUGUACAGAGUGUGGAAAAAGUUUUACACAAAAGAGUUAUCUGAAAAAUCAUGAAAGGAGUCACACAGGGGAAAAGUUGUUCACAUGUACAGAGUGU